ACUCAUUCAACAACCUCACUUCUCUCCUCCUCUAAUCCGUCUUCUUCGCGACUCCCAGUACCCCCCCGGACUCGCAUCUCCUAUCUUUCCCUGACUUUGCCCCUAUCGCAGCAUGUCGCUAGUGGUUUCGCUGGCCUCCCGCUGCGUUUAAUCCCCCGUUCAAUUCGACUCGACCCGGCCGAUUUGAUCCUCGAUCGUCAUAUCUUCUCAUCCUUAGAAUCUAUCCUCUCCUCAAUCCUCCACCAUGGCCUCGGCCCUCUUCUUCCUCGACCUCAAGGGCAAGACCCUUUUAGCCCGAAACUAUCGCGGAGACAUUCCCAUGUCCGCCGUCGAGAAAUUCCCUAUCCUCCUCAGCGACGCCGAAGAAGAGAGCUCCGCCGUGCCGCCCUGCUUUUCUCACGAAGGAAUCAACUACCUAUAUAUCCGCCACAGCAACCUUUACAUCCUCGCGCUGACCAAGAAAAACACCAAUGCCACCGAAAUCCUGCUCUUCCUCCACAAGCUCGUCGAGGUCUUCACCGAAUACUUCAAGGUGCUGGAGGAGGAGAGUAUCCGCGACAACUUUGUCGUUAUCUAUGAAUUGCUCGACGAGAUGAUGGAUUUUGGGUAUCCGCAGACAACGGAGAGCAAAAUCUUACAGGAAUAUAUCACACAGGAAUCCCACAAACUGGAAAUCCAAGCCCGUCCCCCGAUCGCCGUCACCAAUGCCGUCUCCUGGCGCAGCGAGGGCAUCCGCUACCGCAAGAACGAGGUCUUCCUGGACGUGGUGGAGUCGCUCAACCUGCUGGUGUCCGCGUCGGGCAACGUGCUGCGCUCGGAGAUUCUCGGCGCGGUCAAGAUGAAGUGCUACCUCAGCGGGAUGCCCGAGCUGCGGCUGGGGCUGAACGACAAGGCGAUGUUCGAGACGACGGGGCGGGCGACGCGCGGCAAGGCCGUCGAGAUGGAGGACGUCAAGUUCCACCAGUGCGUGCGGCUGUCGCGAUUCGAGAACGACCGCACCAUCAGCUUCAUCCCGCCGGACGGAGAAUUCGAGCUCAUGAGCUACCGGCUCAACACGCAGGUCAAGCCGCUGAUCUGGGUCGAGUGUCUGGUGGAGUCGCACUCGGGGUCGCGUAUUGAAUAUAUGCUCAAGGCCAAAGCUCAAUUCAAACGCCGCAGCACAGCCAACAACGUCGAGAUCAUCGUCCCCGUCCCGGAGGACGCCGACUCCCCCCGCUUCCGCACCAACAUCGGCACAGUGCAGUACGCCCCGGAACAGUCCGCCAUCGUGUGGAAGAUCAAGCAGUUCGGCGGCGGCAAGGAGUUCCUGAUGCGCGCAGAGCUGGGUCUCCCCUCCGUCAAGGGCGACGACGAGGUAGGCGGCGGCAUGACGGGCGGGUUCGGCGGGAGUAUGGGCGGCGCAGGGGCCCUGGGCAAGGCCAAGAGACCCAUCAACGUCAAGUUCGAGAUUCCGUAUUUUACCACCAGUGGGAUUCAGGUCCGGUACUUGAAGAUUACGGAGCCGAAGCUACAAUACCCCUCUCUCCCUUGGGUCCGAUACAUUACGCAAUCUGGAGACAUUGCCGUCCGGAUGCCCGAUGUACAAUGAUAUUAUUUAUACAGCGUUUUAUUUUACUUUAUUUGAAUAUGGC